AUGAUGUUGGAAAAAUUUCGUGAAGUACAAAAAGCUGUAAUCGCAGAUGAACAGACUGAAUAUGCAAAGACGAGGUCAAAGAUAUCAGAGAAAGAAAGAGAUUUGAAUGUGGAGCCAGAUAAUUAUAUCUUAUUUAUAGAUUUAGAAUACAUGAGCAGUAACGUACGAAAUACAGAUGAUAUUGAAAUUGAAGAUGUUGAAGACCAUGCCGUUGAUGAUGCUGCUGAGCAUUUUAAGAAUCCGACAUCAGACAACGUCGUUAUACUAGAUGAUCAGACCAAUGAAAGAUUGUAUAUUCCUGAGGUAGCUUCAUCAUGUAUUCCCGUUAUAGGAAUGGAAUUCAGUUCGAUAGAGCAAGCAUAUGUUUUUUAUCAGACAUAUGCCAAGAAGGCAGGGUUCUCUGCGCGAAAAGGAGGUGAACAUCAUACUGGUGGUAUUAUAAAGACCAAAUACUUUGUGUUUUCAAAGGAGGGGCACAAACCACUGGCUAUUGAUGAUCCUUACAGAAAGUUGUCUAAGCCAUAUAAAAGUAGGAACAUACCGACUAUUCGAACUAGGUGUAAAGCACAAAUUAAGAUUUGUUCGACGGAUGGGGUGUUAUAUAAGGUAGAUAAGUUUGUUCAAGAGCAUAAUCAUUCAUUUGUCUGCCCUAAAGAUAUGCAUUUAUUACCGGCUUAUAGGCAUCUUUCUGAAACACAAGAAGAGAUGAUAUGGGAGCUUGGUACAUUAAAUCUUAGGCCAUUGAAAGCCUUCAAUAUUAUGAGGCAAAGAUACGGAGGUUUUGAAAAUGUUGGAGCAACUAAAGAUGACUGCAAGAAUUUUAGAGCUAGGACACAUAGCUAUAUAGGAGAGUAUGAUGCCGAUAUGGUUAUCAAUAGGCUGACCGAUAAAAAGCAGUUUAUGGUUGGUUAUUCAUUUGUUCAUUCAGUUGAUGAAAACAAGCGAUUGUCUGGCUUGUUUUGGGCUGAUGGUUUGUGCAAACGUAAUUACGCUGUGUUUGGAGAUGUCGUAUCAUUUGAUGCUACGUUCAAAACCAACAAGUAUAAUAUGGUUUUUGUACCCUUUACUGGUAUCGAUAACCACUGUCGGAAUGUGAAGCUUGGAGCUAGGUUGCUAUCAUCCGAAAGCAUUGAAUCAUACAAAUGGUUGUUACAAUCAUUUUUGGAUUCAUUUGGUAAGCAGCCUAAGGUUGGAUACGAGUUGUGUAACAAUGAAGACUUCAAAAGACGUAUGUGUGAUAUAGUCUGGACUGAUUCGAUUACUCCAGAAACGUUUGAGACGGAAUGGAAAUUGAUAAUGAUUGAAUUCGCUUUGACCGAGAAUAAAUUGAUUGACGAUAUGUUUGGCAUGAGAUCUUCAUGGAUUCCAGCUUUCUAUCGUCAUGAGCCUAUGUCUGGGCUCAUGCGGACUACCUCCAGAUCAGAUAUCAGAGAGCGAAAACCAUUUUUUCUGUCAGGUGGCGAAUUCUUAACUUACUCUUGUUGA